AAUAUACUAGUACCCAACUAACUAGCAAAAUAUUUUCCAACUGUCCCCAAAAGCGAAAGCGAUCUUCCAGUGAACAACCGGGCGGUUGUCGCCGACAAUGGCGGCCACGCCACCCCUUCAGUCUUUCUCGGUUCUUCAUUCAAACAAACCCUCUCACUCUCUGCUUCGCCCCUCUUCUAACAAAAACAGAACCCUUUUCUCUUUCACUUCGAAUCUGAGGUGUGAGAUCAAAGGCUUUGACUUCGAGAGCCACCGUGGUUGGACCAUCGAGCGCGUCUCCGACAUGAGCAAAGACUCCACCAAUUCUCACACCAACCCUUCUUCUCCGUUGCUCUCCGUCUCCGCUGUCACCUCCGCCUCCCAAUUCCCCACCAAAAAUGCCAAAAAAGUUGUCCUUUUCUACUGCGCCGAGACCAAGGCCCUCGCCGAGAAAAUCGCUGCCGAAACUGAUGCCAUUGAACUUCGUAGCAUCUCUUGGGGCAAGUUUCCUGAUGGCUUCCCCAACAUUUUCAUUCCUAAUGCUCAAGGAAUUCGUGGGAUGCACGUGGCUUUUCUGGCCUCAUUCAGUUCUCCAGCAGUGAUUUUUGAGCAGAUUCCUGUUAUUUAUGCGUUGCCAAAACUGUUCAUUGCUUCAUUUACCCUUGUCCUUCCAUUUUUCCCUACGGGCACUUCAGAGCGUAUGGAGGAUGAAGGAGAUAUUGCCACAGCUUUUACUUUGGCCAGACUUUUGUCAAACAUACCCAUUUCUAGGGGAGGACCUACCAGUCUGGUGACAUUUGACAUUCAUGCCUUGCAGGAGAGAUUCUACUUUGGUGAUAACAUUUUACCAUGCUUUGAGAGUGGCAUACCAUUGCUUAAAAGAAGGCUCCAGGAUCUUCCUGAUUCUGAUAACAUAUCAGUUGCUUUUCCUGAUGAUGGUGCUUGGAAACGAUUUCAUAAGCAACUGCAGCAUUUUCCAACGAUAGUUUGUGCAAAGGUUCGGGAAGGAGAUCAACGGAUAGUUCGUAUUAAGGAGGGAGACCCUAGGGGUCGGCAUAUUGUAAUUGUUGAUGAUUUGGUUCAAUCAGGUGGAACUCUGAUAGAAUGCCAGAAAGUCUUGGCAGCUCAUGGAGCAACAAAGAUUAGUGCUUACGUGACUCAUGGUAUUUUCCCAAAUAAAUCAUGGGCACGCUUUGGACAUGAUAAUGGGGGGCAUCCAGAGUCUGCAUUUACUUAUUUCUGGAUCACAGAUUCAUGCCCCUUAACAGUGAAAGACGUGAUGAAUAGGCCACCAUUUGAGAUUCUCAGCCUUGCAAGCUCCAUAUCUGCCAGUCUCCAAAUCUGACAGGAACAUACUGUCAUUUUCAUUUCAUGCUCAAAAUAAUAUGGAGAAACAAAGCGACCCGGUUAAUAAUAAUAGUCAAAGUUGAGCUCUUAGACAUUAGUAUGCGGCUUAUAGUAACAGGUAGACAAGGGAGUAGAAGACCGCACAAAUUGGUUCAAUCUUUAAUAAUAUCUCCCCUCAACUUUGUCAUCUAGUUUUGCCAAGGUUGUUGCUGCAACAUCUACCUGGGUUGCUUUCAUCUAGAAAUUAUUGCUGCUUAAUGGUAGUCCAUAGGAUUCUGUUGUGUUAAAAACAAUGUACUCUAUCUUGUGGAUUUUGGUAGUAUCAAUCGUGUGUCUCAUCCUUACUCUAUCUUUUCAAAUUAAAUAAAUUAUGAUUUCAAAUGUCCAUCUUAAAA